AUGGCAGACCAGCUACGACGGCAUCGACAACCUCAAGUCACCACAUUCACCGUUGCAACCCCGUCACCAACCCAAAUCCUUGUCAAAAUCCUCGCCGUCGCACUGAACUACAAAGAUGGCGAGAUCAUCCAAGCCCCCAUGAAGCAUCACAAAACCGCUACCUUCCCCUCUAACCUCGUCAUCGGCUCUGACGCCGUCGGACAGGUCAUUUCUGUCGGCUCUUCUGUGACACAAUUCAAGCCCAACGACCGUGUGUUGUCAUUAUGUUUCCCUUUGCACCAGACCGGACCCGCGAAAGCAGCGUAUCUGGCCGACAGUCCCGGGAUGACGGACCAGGGCGUGCUGACGGAGUAUAAGCUGUUUGAGGACUGGGCGGUGGUCGGAGUCCCAGACUACUUGACCGACGAGGAAGCCGCGACGUUCCCGAUUGCGGGCACUACGGCGUGGAUGUCGUUGAACUACUUCAACCCGAUUGGCGUGCCCAACAUAGGUCUCCAGGGAAAGACAUUGCUCGUGCAAGGCACUGGUGGCGUCAGCAUCAUGGGGUUGCAAUUGGGCAAGGCGAGCGGUAUGAAAGUGAUAGUAACGUCCUCCUCCGACUCAAAACUCGAGCGCGCCACCGCCCUCGGCGCAGACUACACCAUCAACUACCGCACCCACCCAGACUGGGACCAGAAAGUCCUCGAGCUCACGGAUGGAAAGGGUGCCGACCUGAUCUUCGAAAAUGGCGGCGCCUACACCACGUCUCAAUCAAUGGAUUGUAUCGCCUUCGGCGGCACAAUCGCAAGUAUUGGGUACCUCUCCGGCAAGACCGAUCCACCAGAUGCGAACAGGACGAAUAUCAAUGUGCGGGCAUUGGCGAGGAAUUUUGUGUUGGUGGGGAUUCUGAAUGGGCCGAAGGAUCGGUUGCAGGAAUUGCUUAGGUUUGUGGAACAGCAUCAGGUGCGGCCGGUGGUAGAUAAGGUGUUUUCGUUUGAGGAAGGGCAGGAGGCGGUGAGGUAUCUGUGGGAGGGCGGGAGUAGUUUUGGGAAAGUCGUUGUUCGGGUCGCUUCGGCGUCUUCAUGA